CUUCGGUAACUACUAGCGAUUAUGAAUUCCUCGUUCUCUCUUCAAUAUUCUCAUCAUUUGUACAUCGGCCUGGAUCAUCGUUUUGUACCACAGAAAUACGCUAUGUGACUCGACUGCUAAUGCUUCGUAAUGGUACCUGAUGAUCCAUAGGUGGGCACGCGACUAUGGCACCUCAUACAAGGACAAGAACCGGCUGCUGGACCUGCCGCGAAUCUGGGUACAAAUGCGACGAAAAGAAACCUUUCUGUGGAAGAUGUACUCGACUGAACAUCACAUGUAAAGGCUAUGGUAUUAAGUUGAAAUGGAAAAAUACUACUGCCCAACCAGCAUCUGGCAAACGCCCAAGGAGCGGCAGAGCGAGGUCUGUGGAGCAUCCACAGGCAUCAAGUCCUUUAUCAACGUCUAGCAUAACAUCGGCCCCGGCUACACUUGACAUGGUUGACUGGUCUCCAAGUCCUGAAUGGCCUCGCGCAACAGACAUAGCUCCAAUGAUCAUCACGCCUACGAUGAGCCCUGACUUGUCUACUGGCGACAAGCGGUUGUUGCAGUAUUGGGUGGAGCAGCUGUCAACGCUGAUAUCAGUCACUCCGGGGAAUCGGGCGAAAAGCCCUUACCAGAUACAUCUAACUGCCAUGGCAUAUAGUCCGGGGGCGUUAAGGUCGACUGUUCUUUCAAUGGCGGCACACCACCUUGCACUUGUUUCGGGUGACGGGUUCCUGAAAUUGGAUGCUUAUCGUCAUCAACGGGAUGCGAUCCAACAACUCCAGCGCCUUAUCCAAAUCCCAGAAGAUUCCUCUGCUGAACCAGCUCUUGCUACUGUCUUGAUGAUGCAGGUUUCUAUGCGCCUUUUCGGCGAAGGCGAUGCCGCUCCAAGCGUGGUAAAUCAUUUAGUCGGUGCUAAGGCCAUGUUAUCCCAGAAGCGUGGUGAUAUCGCUAUCUGGAGCAAGUCUCCUAGUGUGCGAUUUUUAUUAAGUCUUUUCGCCUAUCACGACAUCUUGUCGUCUGUAUCUCGCAGCUCGAGUCCUUUUAUCAACCACGGAGGAGAUUUUGAUGCCGUUGAAGGCAUCAGUAGCAUGAAAGGCAUUGCCAGAGUACUCCAUAUUGUUGCCGGUAUCAGUGAGCUGCAAGAUAUUGCAAGGCAUGGAGGUACUAUUUCAAAGGACCCAACCAGUUUUGCCCGUUUUUCAGUCAUAGGCUCUGGGCUCGAACAAACCCUCAGCUCGCUAGACUUAUCAGCUGCACCGGAUCAUAACGAGAACGAUUCGAAGGACAUUUCGGCCACUGCCGAAGCCUACCGUCAUGCUGCCUUCAUCUAUUUGUAUCGCAUAUGGCACGGCAUCGGGGCACCAAAUCCAAUCACGCUACAUCAUGUGCAGCAAUGCCUUAGCUAUCUUGCCCAAGUCGACGUCUCGUCAGCCCUCAUAUCUUCUCACAUUUGGCCAAUUUUCACCGCAGGUUGCGAAGCUAUUGAUGUGGCACAGCGUCAAUUUGUCCGGGACCGGCUAGCAGCUAUGUUUGAAUCGAGGAAAUUCCCAGUGAUGCGAAAACUGAUGGCAGAUAUUGAGGAUGUGUGGGCUUGCAAAGAUCUUGAGUCGGUCAUAGGCGGACAAGAUGGGAUGGAGAAGGUAGACUGUAUCUCAGUAAUCCGAAGAAGGCGAGGCAGAGAAGUCGAUCUCGCGUAAAACUCGUCAACGGAUGAGCCUCUGAAACCUCCCCACUGUUAGAUAUUCGAGCAGUAGCAGACUGGGGUAACUCAACCGCCAUGAUCUACCGACCCACAUCCUGCAGUCGGAGCACGGGUGGCUAACUACUUGAUCCAUACCUGACAAGUCCGGACUAUCGCGAAGUAAUCAUUCCGCGGAACUAUUGAGGCUUCCAAAGACGGAAUAGGAUACAUUCACUUUGUAUAUCCAGCGCCCAUCUAAAACCCGCAUUCGUAUCAAUACCCCGGACAAUC